UCUCAGUAACCAGCAUCAUUCUAAACUCAUCAUCCCCAUAAGACUUCGAAGAGACGAGGAAAGAAACAGAGUCAAUACUGUGGCCUGGUAAUUAAGCCAUUUAGCCACCUAUUGCGACGUCUCUGUGAUGUGGUCAUUUAUCGUUGCUUUAUUAAACAAGUAGGAAAAACAUAUGUUGAGUGAUUAUGUUUUGACAGUAAUAUUUUAUGGGAAUACCGUCAAAUUAGCAUAGCCUGCUAUUCUUAAACCUACCUGUCCAUUGAACAUUUUACCAACAUGCCACCAAAGCGGGGUCUUAGCCCGCAAUUAGUCGGCAAUCCAUUCAUCAAGAAAGAGAAUCUAGAAUGGACUUUCGAUCUUUUCCGCCCAGCCCGCGAUAGCGAUAGCGAUGAAGAUGGUAGCUCCGACGACAUAGGUAAUCACGGAUCCGGGGCGGAGGAAGAGGAACCAAGGGCUUCGGCUGUAGAGGCGGGCAAGGCCAAGAUCGAGGACUAUCUCGGUUACUUCAGCGGGCUUUUAACGAAAGCUAUACUGUCGCCUUUCCCAUCGGAUAUACCAGGACUGUCUAUCGGAGCCUACCGGAAGCUUUAUGAGCAAAACUCGGGUAAUCCGCGAGGCGCGCAUUUCAUUGUGCAUCAGCAUGAUCAUCCUAUUGCGGGCACGCAUUACGAUCUCCGGUUACAGAUCAACGAGACAAGUAGCGCGUCCUGGGCUAUCAUGUAUGGGCUCCCAGGUGAUCCAAAUAGCCAACGUUUAAAUAGGAACGCCACCGAGACAAGAAUCCACUGUCUAUGGAAUCAUCUUAUAGAGACAGCCUCAAUAUCAACUGGCUCCCUUCUCAUCUGGGAUACGGGGACGUACACUAUUCUCUCACCGCGGGAGAACAGCAAGCGAGCUAACCGGAACUCGCAAUCUGACGAGGAAGAAGAGUCACCCGAGCUCACGGAGCAGGAGAAAUUCCGUCAGGCAUUUCAGACACGGAAGAUCCGUAUCCGUCUUAACGGUACACGCUUGCCGCGUAACUAUGUGCUAAAUCUGCGGCUCACCAAGGAAGAGGACGUAGCCGGUCGCGCUAAGAGCACACGCACGCCCACGCGGCGACGGGGUCGAAGAUCCCCAGCACAAGGUAGAGGAUCGAUCAGGGGUAAAGGGAAGGGUAAGGCAGUCGAGCCAGAGACAAGCUCGGACUCGGACCCAGGUGGGGAGCCUGCAGGGAGCGAAGAGUUGGAAAUUGUAAACGCACCCGCCGAAGAGGCAGACCUAGAAGCCGUCUCGGCAAUGGAGCGGGAGAUUCGAGAGCUCGAGGAUGAACAGGUGCGCCGCACAAACGCAUAUACAGGAGCGGAAAAUUCGAUCGGCAGCGUGCAUCAGCGACGGUGGUACUUGUCGCUCGACAGGGAAGCUUGCGGGUUUGUGAAGCACCGGAGAGCAGGGCGAGUGGUAUGGGAGGCCAAAGAUGUUGAGAAAGGGGAGGCUGUUGACGACUACAGGAAUCGACUCAUGUUCCCGUUUUACGUCCGUGGUGCUGAGGUCGAGAGGAGCGUUGUGACAGGUCGGACCAGUGUUGACGUAUUGAAAGAUGAAGGUGUUAUUGGGCACGUUGGACGGAAGGGCUGGCAGCCUGUGUUGAAUUGAGUUACGUGAUGGGAUGGACAUGGCGGUUAUGCCAUCGAGAUCCUAUCUUUAAACUCUAAGGAUAAGGAAGAUUCCGUAUUACUAUUAGGUUCAAUAGGGUAGAUAGACAGCGAA